AUGGAAAGAAGCAUCCUAAAGUUGAGGAGAAUAAACAAAAUAAAAAAUGUUGAAAUCCGUAAAAAAACCAAAAUUACAGAUGCACUUGAACAAGCUCUAAGGCUUAAAUGGAAAUGGGCAGGUCAUAUUGCUAGAGCGCGGGAUAAAAGAUGGACACUAGAAAUAACGAAAUGGACUGGAUCUACUGGAAAGAGAUGUAUAGGACGACAAAGGAAAAGAUGGACAGAUGACAUUGUAGAACUUGCGGGGGGAAAACUGGAUGAAUGUUGCUCAAAACAAAGAGAAAUGGAAAAAUAUGGAGGAGGCUUUUACCCUAAAAGGGGCCAUACAAAAACUAGACAUAAAAAAUUAAAAAUAAAUCUAACUUAA